AUAAUAAUAAAAUUACUUUCUGUCUUCUCAACUUUUGUUUAGGUGUAUUUGUGAUAUAGAGGCAACUGGGUCAAUUCUUGUCCCAGAAGAGGACUGUCUUUACCGAGAAAAAAGUUUGUAGGCUUCUCAUAAUGACUGAUCACUCCGCGUAUCACUGAGGAAGCUCUAUCACUUUCAUUCAUGGGAGAAAAUCAAGAAAAGUGCAUCCAAAUAACAGGAUCAGAUGAGAUAGCCAAAGAAGGAAAUACCACAGAGUCUUCACAAACAAUCAUCAACCAAACAAAAAUGACCCACAAAGCAAAUUACAUGAAGUGGCUUAAGAUCUUUGUCUAUAUCAUCUUUAUCCUUCUAGGGCAGGCAGUGGCAACCCUCCUUGGAAGACUGUACUUUGACAAAGGAGGCAAAAGCAAAUGGCUAGGAACCUUGGUCCAAGUGGCAGGCUUCCCCAUCUUCUUUCCUUAUUACAUCAUAAUAGCAACCAAACAAAAAACAAGCACAAACAACAUUUCACAAACAGAACAACAACCAACCCUGUUGAAACUAGUUAUGGUUUAUCUCACAUUAGGAUUGCUUUUAGCUGCAGAUUGCUACUUACUCUCCAUUGGCCUCAUGUACCUUCCUGUCUCCACUUAUUCCCUCAUCUCUUCCUCACAAUUAGCUUUCAAUGCCAUCUUCUCCUUCUUCCUCAACUCCCAAAAGUUCACUCCUCCAAUCAUCAACUCCCUUGUUCUCCUCACCAUCUCCUCCACCCUCCUUGUCUUUCAAACAGAAUCAGAUGGUUCAGCCUACAACAAGACCUCUAAGGCCAAAUACAUACUUGGCUUCCUCUGCACCAUUGCUGGAUCAGCAGGCUAUGGCCUAGUGCUUUCUUUGACACAGCUGUUCUUCAACAAGGUCAUCAAAAGUGAGUCAUUCAAGGUCAUUGUUGACUUGAUCGUUUACCGGUCGUUUGUUGCUUGUCUAGCCAUUGUUGUGGGGCUUUUUGUGAGUGGAGAGUGGAGGGGUUUGAAGAAGGAGAUGUAUGAGUUUGAGUUGGGGAAAGUCUCUUAUUUUAUGACAUUGAUAUGGACAGCCAUUGUAUGGAAAGCGUACGCUAUUGGGUGUGUUGGUUUGAUAGCUGAGGUUUCUUCUCUGUUUUCGAAUGCUGUAUGUGUUCUGGGAUCGCCUUUAGUUCCUGUUGCAGCAGUGAUCAUUUUUCACGAUAAGAUGAGUGGGUUGAAAGGUGUUGCAAUGGCUUUGGCAGUUUGGGGUUUUAUUUCCUAUGCUUAUCAGCAAUAUCUUGAUGAUUGUAAUAAGUCCAAGGAGAAUUCCAAAAGUUCAUUGUGAACAGAAAAAGGAAAUGUGAGGAAUGCGGCAUCAUUUGGAGAAUUAAAAGGCACUUGACACUUGAAAUCAACUUCUGUUAAUGAGCUAAGGCCACCCAAGUUUACCACGUGGAAACGUAAUAGAUUAAUGAGAAAGAAAAAGUGGACUCCAUUUGACUACUUUUAGAGUUGUUUAUUGUGUUAUGUAAUUAUACGGAUACAUGAGACACACAUCCAAAUCUCUAAUUAAAUAACACAAUCGAAUUGAUGAGUUGAGAGUAUUCAAUCAGAUUACACUUAAAAAUUA